UUGGACAUUGACAUCAGAGAACUCGGCGUGAGCUUCAGCUUGGCGGAGGCUCAGUGGGAUCUUCUGGGAGAACAUUUGGCAGAAGCCUUGGACGCGAUCGAACAGAUUCUGUUCAUGUUUGAAAGCCUCGUUCUCAAGCAGAGAGCCGUCGAAAAUGCUCUCAACACGAGACAAACGAAACCAAACUACAGGGAACUCAAGCACAAUGAAAAGCGCGAACUUGGUGUAAAGAUAGCGACGACGUUUGUAAAAGCCUUCUCUACGCCACUCAUCCGUCAGAGGCUUCUAGAUCCCGAGUACAUCUAUCUUUUGGCAGAUGAAUCGCGGAGCGGCCGUGUCAUAUCAGACGCCUACGUGUCCUUCAGUAUCGGCGGCUUGAACGAGGCGGUGGAUCACAUGCUGGACAUGGAUGAUGGGGACGCUUCAAUUCUCCAUCUUGCAGCGGUUCUUUUGGAGCUUGAACUUGAAACAAAGAUUCAACAUGGGGAUGGUGCUUCGGGUGAAGAAUCGGAAGAGCUGUUUGGCGCCCUUGAACUGGUCCACUCCGAGAUCCAAGACAACAUCGACGCGACAUUCUGCGAGAUUAUCGACCAUUGUCUCCAGCUUUACGCAGAAUCCUUUGAAAUGCUGGAUUCAUGCGGAAGGUCUGAGAUCCAGAAUCAGCUGUUCAACAAAGUGGUGACGCCGCUCGCGCAACGGUUGGAGAUAUACCGCAACCCGAAGCCAAUGGCUAUGCGAAAUUUACUGGACAUAAACCUAGGAAACCAUUCUGGUGCGUUCCAAUCAGCGAAGAUCAGCACCUCAACCUCGGUGAUACACCCCAUAAUGGAGGUAAAUGAAGGUCCACUUGAAGUCAGAAACGAGGCCAUCACGGCUGUAACCGUACCAUGGAUAUGGGAUCCUGAAUUUCUCGCGGCUUCGACAAGAAGCAGUAAAGAAUGGCUGGACAGAGUCGACGCCAUAAAUGAAUAUAUGAGACAGAACUGCCGAGCCAAUUCCGCAAGCGGGAGGGUCAAGAUAGCUCUUCUCGAUACUGGUUGCGACCUGGAAGCGUCAUGUUUUCGUAAUUUGUCCGUCGACGAGAUGGGCAUCACCCAACAUUGGCAAGACUGGGCGGGUGAGAGCAAUGUUCCUUUAGACGAGGAUUCUUCCAAACACGGGACGUCUAUGGCAGCUCUCUUGCUGAGAGUAGCUCCUCAUGCGGACAUAUAUGUCGGCCGAGUCGCAAAGAGUUCGGCGCAUCUUCGAAGCGCGACGCCGCAACUGAUUGAGGCUAUGUCGCAUGCCGCCAUAACGUGGAACGCCGACAUUGUCACCAUGUCAUUCGGCUUUAAGAGUGUUAUAACACAGAUCGAGAACCAAAUCAAUGAAAUUGUUCUCCAACGUAAGAAGAACGGCAAAAAUAUCUUGUUCCUCGCUGCCGCUAACAACGACGGCUUGAACGAGAUGGAGUUGUUCCCGGCCAAUCACCAGGACGUCAUAUCAGUGCGAGCAACCACUCAUGCAGGAGAAUUCGUAUCAGAGUAUAGCCCAAACCCACAACCAUACCGGCAUGAGAUGCUUUUCGGUACGCUGGGACACGAGGUCCCAUACGACCCAGUCAUUGACCCCGACAACGUUGGUGUGAAGAUAUCUGGCUGCUCCGUUGCUACUCCGAUUUUGGCUGGUCUGGUGGCGACCAUCAUACAGUUUGCGGAAAGCAGCUGUCCCACAGACGAGCGCGUACUGAAAGCAGUCAGAUCGAAAGACGGUAUCCAGGCCAUCAUGUGUGAAAUGGGCGCAAAGACGGGGAUACAUGAUCAUCGCUGUAGGUACGUGGCGCCUUUCGAGUUCUUCUACAAUCGAAGUCAGAACGAGAGAGUUGCGCUCAUCCGCCACGCGGUUGCGCGCUUGCCGCGAAGAACGUAA